UCACCCAUAUGAAUCCCCCUUGACAACGACGUCUAAUCCGUCAUUGUCAUCAUCGCCAACAUCGUCUUUGUCGCGUGGGCAGUCCAUUCGACUUGGUAGUGUGGAUCCACCCGCCGUGCCUGCAAUUUACUCGCAGCUGGAAGAACUCAUGCGGGUGAAUGAAACUCAAAGACAGCUAUUACAAGAAGUGUGUGGAACAUUAAAUAUCGGCGGUGCAAAACACAAGGCAACUGAACAGAGAAAGGUCUCUGGUCCAAAACAAGCUCCAUCAGACGUUCCAGAAAUAAGACCUCUGGGAGAAGAUGUACCAUCUACUCUGGAUACUUUGGAACAUCUGUUACAAAUGUCUAUCCGUGAAAACACAUCACUUCAAAGGGAGAACGACGCUCUUCGUCUGGAGUUGGAGCAAUUGAAACAAGCAGAGGCCAAUGGAAGACUGUAAAAAAAACACACACACACAAAACAGAGAAAUAAGAAUAAUAAUUGUUCCUUCUUUUUGCACAAAAAUCAUCUUGUUUUAUUGUUCUCAAGUCCAGAUGCUUAUACCCUCAAACGGUUU